AAUGUAUUAAGAACAUACAAUUAAGUAAUCACACUUCAUUAAUAUCUAAGUGGAGAAAUGAAUGAAAUAAAAAGAAGAAGAAUGAAUGAAUUACAACCUAAAAUACAUAUCUAUAAAUAAAUUUAAGCAAGUGUAUCUGUUAUUGAAGAUGCAAAAUAAUUAAUUAGUUUGGGUGGAACUUCAGAUGAAAUAUCAAUGUUAAAUGAAGAAAUUUAAGUAUUAAAUAUUAUAAUUAAAUUUAGACAUAAAUUGAAUAUCUAAAGAAAUAUUAAGAUGAAGCACUUACAUAAUUGAUAGAAUAAGAUGAAUAUGAUCACAUAAGAUAACUUAAUGUAGAAGUGAGAGCAGGUGUUGGAGGUAGUGAAGGUUCAUUAUUUGCUGAAGAUAUUAUUGGAAUGAUAUAGAAUUAUGCUAGUCUUUAAAAUUGGGAUUGUAGAGUAAUUUUAUAAUUUUAUUAUAAGGUAAUAUCAAUACAAAAAGAUACUUAGAUUGGUAAAGGUUGUAAAACAGGNUAAUAUACUUUAGAUUUAAAUGUAGGUCGUGAUUCAAACAUCUUAGCAUUUCUAAAUAAUUAUAAUUAAAUUGGUAUCUAUGAUAUCAGAACUAAAAUGGGUAUGCACAAAAUUAAAGGCAAAUUAUAAUACAAUUAAGUGAUCUGGAAUAAAAAAUAAGAAAAUAACUUAAUUGCUAUAGAUUAUGAGGCUGGUCUUAUUGAUUUUUAUGAUACAAGAGAUUUUAAAAAUAAAUAUAAAAGAAUUAGAACUGAUCAUAGAUAAAUUGUUAAAGCUGAAUGGUUUUAAGAUAGAAAGUAAUUAAAUAUUAGAUAAUAAUUAGUUCUUUAGUAACAGCAGGUUUAGAUAGAUAAAUAAUUCUUUAUGAAGGUGAUAAAUAUCUUGAACCAUGCUUUGGAUUAACUAAGAAUUAUGAUAUAGAUAAUUUCUGUUGUCAAAAUAAUCUAUUUGGAGUUGUCUCUGAAUAUUCUUUCGAAGUUUUUAGUUUUGAAACAUAAUGA